AUGGCGAAUAAGUUGAAUGAAAGUGAUUAUGAUCAGAACUCGUUGGCAGAAAAAUUUAUUGCAUUUCAAGGUUUAAAUUUCAAUGAUUCUGUAGACAAACAUAAUGUAAUGGUAAAUUUUGAUACUGAUUAUAUCCUUUUUCUUAUUAAACGUGGAUUAUCAUAUGUUAAACUUAAUUUUCCAGUUGAAUGUGCAUUAGAUGUUGGUUGCGGAGCAGGAAAUAUUUGUCGAUUUUUAAUUGAAGAAAAACUUGCCGAAUAUGUCGUUGGGGUGGAUAACUCUCAUGAUAUGCUCAAAUAUGCUAAAGCAGGUUCCAAUGAUGACACAGUACACUAUAACUAUGUGAAUGUUAAUGUUGCUACUGACGAUUUAAUAACUGUUGUUGGUAAAAAAGUUCCACUGAUAGUGCAAACAUAUAUGCUAAUUCAUGCAGAAACGAGCGAUCAAUUGUUAUAUAUUCUUUCCAAUAUUGCUAAAGUUAGUUGUGGACUUUUCGUUGGUAUAAUUCCAAAUCCUAAUCUAGAUCUUACAAGUGAUGCUGCCAAAAAGUUAAUCAAAUACGGUACGAAAUUUACUCUACUGGAAGAAGAAAAUUCUGUUAAAGAUGGAAUGGCCUAUCAAGUUACAUACGAACACGGUACACCAGGAGAAAUUACGCUCGUUGAUCAUUGGUACAGCGCAGCAACCUAUGAGAGAUUGUUCGAGCAAGCUGGAUUUAAGUUUCUGGAAUGGGUUCCUGUUGAAGCUAUUGGAAACAAAGAUAAUGCUAGUUUAGCUGAUUUAACAGAGACCGCAUCAGUUAUUGGAUUCAUUGUUAGAAAGAUGUAA